AUUCAAUAUGUCGGCGCCCUGCAGCAGUCUGCUAAAUACAAAAGUACUUAUGAAACAGGCGUUAAUAACGGAACCUGAUUGUGUUUCAAGUCAACAAAGGCGUAAAUAUAUUUCAUUUGAGCUUUUAUGUUGUUGUAAUAUUUAAAUAAGUCAUUUGUAGCACAUAGCCCUGCAUUUCAAACAUGAACACAGGGAAAAACAGAAAGGUGUUCACUUCCAUUAUAUUUUUGAAUUAUCGUGUAAAAUAUAUUUAAAAUAGCUCUGCAGAGGUGGUUUUUACUUCACUUGCUCCAUUUAUCUUAUUGAAAUUUGAGAUUGUAAAAUGGUUUGGAGGUGUUACCCAUCUUUUCUCCAAACACUCAAGCUGGUUCUGAAACCUUCUUUAUUAAACAUACACCGUGAAGUCUACAGGAAAAGAAGACUUUUAGAUGGACAAUUGCAGAAUGCUGUUUUUAAGAGAACUCUACAAACCACUGCAUCACUACUGGCGCCCAGGAUUCUGUCCCUUGAAGAGAUUUUUGCCAGGACAUCUCUCCAAGACUAUCUGAAACAGGUGGAAAAUGAGUAUAAUGACUGUCUGAAUACUGUCAACACCAAUGAGACACAAGAAGAGGAGCAAAGAGCCAAGCGAACCAAAGUGUCCUGCCUGAGUCCAGUCAUACAGAGCAUCAGAGACCUGAAGGCAAAAGAGAAAGAGAUGGCUGAAACAGAGGUUCUGCUCAAAGAUGAAGACCAAGCACUCAGACAACUGGCAGAACAGGAAAGAGAGGCCUGUUUGCACGACAUCCAAGUUUUCAGACAAAAGAUUGUGGAUCUGCUGAUACCAGAGGAGGAUGCGGAUCUAAACGACCUCGUCCUGGAGGUCACUGCUGGGGUUGGGGGUCAGGAAGCGAUGCUCUUUACUGCAGAGGUGUUUGACAUGUACCAGGGUUUUGCUCAUCACCACGGCUGGUCUUUUGACGUCCUGGAGUACAUGAGGAGUGAUUUAGGUGGGCUGCGUCGAGCUUCAGCCAGCGUCAGUGGAGAUCAGUGCUAUAAGAAAAUGAAGUUUGAGGCGGGGGUCCAUCGAGUACAAAGAGUUCCCAAGACGGAGAAACAAGGCCGAAUGCACACCAGCACUAUGACUGUAGCUGUACUACCGCAGCCUACUGAGAUUUCUUUCAGCAUAAACCCCAAAGACCUGAAGAUUGAAACUAAGAGGGCAAGUGGUGCAGGAGGUCAGCAUGUCAACACCACCGACAGCGCGGUCCGAAUAGUCCAUCUGCCCACGGGUGUGGUUGCAGAAUGUCAGCAGGAAAGGUCCCAGAUCAAAAAUAAAGAAACAGCCAUGAAGGUCCUUCGAGCCAAACUGUACAGCAUGAAACUGGAGGAGGAGACGAGCAGACGGUACCAGCAGCGUAAAGUACAGGUUGGCACGAAAGGCAGGUCAGAAAAGAUCAGGACGUACAACUUUCCUCAAGAUCGCAUAACUGACCACCGCAUUGGCAUGACGGUGCAUGACCUGGAGAGUUUUCUACGCGGAGAGGAUCUGCUGGAUGAGAUGAAUUCCUCGUUAGAAGAAUUUUCCAACCAGGAGGCGCUCUUAGAACUGUUGGGAGAAACUGAUCAAAGCUGAAAUAAAAUUGGUU